AUUAGAGCAAGAUGCACCGCGUGAAAAUCGCAGUCGUCGGAAAAACUUUUCUUACAGUGUUAGUGCAGGCCACAGCUCGUUAUGCCUAACCGCGCUUAUUCAAGGCGUUUUUAUCUGUGUUUCUUGUUGCCCUAAUCCUUGAUGUUUACGUGCUUCAUACUGGAUAGUGAUAAAGGUUUUUUUUACAAUGGAGAAUAAAUCAGUUCAGUUUGUCGGUUACCGCUCUUUGGUAUGAGUGGAUUCAGCAACUUUGUUUACUAUAUUCGGGAGCUAGCGUACCAUAGCUAUGAAGGUCACAAUUGGUGGUCGAUCAUACUUUCACUGUUGGUAAUCGGAAUGGUGAUCGCUGGAAUAGUUGCUGCUAUACUUCUUUUGGGUUAUGUGGAUGAAUUGCUGUAUUGGCACGGGAAGAGGAUGCAGUUGGAUGAAUAUCUCGAGGGGCAACUAAAUCCACAUAGACUACCGCACUCAUGGAUUUCCGAAACCCAUUUUGUUUUUCAAGGUGACGAUGGAGGACUGGCUGUGCUCGAUACUAAAAAUUUUACAGUUACGCUUCUAGUUACUAAUCAUACCUUGAGGCAGCUAAACGUACGAAGCUACCAGUGCUCCAAGGACCUUAAAUAUGUGCUCUUCCAACAUAACGUUAAACCUGUAUUCCGACAAUCUUUUACAGCACAUUAUACCAUCUACGACGUCAGCAAUGAUCAUCACAUUCCAGUACGAUUGUCAACCGCUUCCAAAACUCAGCGUCAAAGACUGCAACACGUUCGUUGGUUGGGACAAACUACCGCCUUACUUAUAAUUUUUGAUAACGAUAUCUACUAUCGCCAGUCGCCUUCAGAUGAAACGGAUAUUAGGUUAACUUUUACUGGUAAACCCGACAUUGUAUACAACGGUUUACCGGAUUGGUUGUAUCAAGAGGAUGUAUUAAAGAAACCCGAGUCGUUGUGGACGUCUUAUGAUUCGACGCAUUUGCUCUACGCCUCCUUCAACGACAGUGAAGUAAGAACAUUGAUUUACCCGUGGUUUACUUCAGGAAGCAUUUUAGCCGCUGGAGGAGCAGUAUUAAGUGCACCCACCUUUCCUCCGUAUCGAUCCGUAAGAUAUCCUACACCUGGUACGCCUAAUCCAACAGUGCAAUUAUGGGUAUUAGAUAUUAAUAAUUUGACUGAUCUUCGUAGAUGGCAGGUAUUUCCGCCUGCGGCUAUUUCAAAACAAGAUUAUUAUUUAACAUCGGCCGGUUGGAUUGGACAGGGUAACACCCAAGUGUCUGCGGUUUGGAUGAACCGUGCUCAAAAUCUCAGCAUAAUAUCCGCCUGCAUCGCACCUAGUUGGAUUUGCGUUGAGAAAUACUCGGAGCGUGCAGCGGAAGACGCUUGGCUUGAUAUCCAAGAGCAUCCGGUGUUUUCACCAGACGGAAACAGUUUUCUCCUUUUGGCGCCGGUCCAAGAAGGAAGCAUAGAAACGUACACCCACAUUAAGCACGUCACGUUAGCGCAACAACGCAUCGCGGUGUUAAGUCACGGCCGAUUGGAGGUAACUAAAAUAUUAGGGUGGAAUUCUUUCAAUCAUACAAUAUAUUAUUUGGGCACGCAAGAGAAUAAACCGGGGCAACGUCACCUUUACGUUAUUCGAAAUCCUUCGAGAGAGGAGGAUAGCAGAAGGAUCGCACCUGAGUGUAUAACGUGCGAUUUAGGGAAAUUGUGGAGUAGUAGAUAUUACUACAGCAACUGCACUCAUUUUAGCGCAUCGAUAAGUCCUAGUAGUAAUACGACGGACAUGCUAUAUUACGUCCUUGUAUGCGAAGGACCAGGGCUUCCAUUAGCAGGAGUGCACUCUGCAAAAACUAACAAAUUAUUAAGGCUACUGUACGAUACGAGGCCCCAGCAAGGGCCACUUUUGAGUCAAUUUGCUUUACCAAAGCAGUGGUCUUUUGAGGUGCCUUUGUCCCAAGGUAGUAAAGCUCAGGUUCAACUUUUACUUCCUCCAAGUUGGAGACCGGAACUACGAGAUGCCGCAUAUCCCGUUGUUGUAGAAGUCAAUGGAAGACCUGGUAGUAAGGCGGUUACGGAAAAGUUUCGAAUUGAUUGGGGGACGUAUAUGUCGAGCCACUGCGAUGUCGUAUACGUUCGUUUAGAUGUUCGAGGCUCCUUAGGACAAAGUAACCAUGCACUAUACCGCCAUAUAGGUGGUAUAGAGGUGCUGGAUCAAGUUUUUGUUUUGAAGUACCUACUCGAAACCCUCACUUUUCUUGAUGAAACUAGAGUAGGAUUAUGGGGAUGGGGUUAUGGUGGUUAUGUCACUUCGAUGGUUCUAGGUUCUCAACAAAAAGUGUUUAAAUGUGGUAUUGCAGUUAGUCCUAUUGCUGAUUGGCUUUAUUACAGUAAGUAAUUUAGUAGCGUGUAGAUUAGUAA